CUCAGCAGAUAUGGACGGUCUCUGAAAAGUCUGCGGUCCGUCAUUGACUGUAUUACAGUUCACUUGACUGUUAGCUACAAGCUGCUGCUCGAGCAUCUUCCUGUUGAUUAUCUAUGUGAGAAAAGGCCAUCAAAGGCGGACGCGUCCCCAUCACCAUGGCCGCCUCGGUUGAGGAGGUAUCUUCGUCGGUUGUUCGGGAAUAUCUGAGUCGAAAGGGACUCCGGAGGACGAUUGCCUGUAUGGAUGAGGAGCAUCCGCGCACAGCGGCCAGCAUCAACAACAGAUCACACCUAAGGCAAAUUCUCAACAUGGAGGGUCUCUACAGGCAGAAUAAAGCUCAGAACUCCCCCCUGAAAACAUUACUGGAGAUUAUUGUAAAGCACCGCAUCGAGGGCCUUAAGAAUGACAAGAUCACCUGCAGUGAAAGUGAUCCCCUGCAGUCUACUCCAACCAUCAGCUCGAUUACCAGCUCUCCUGCAGUAACACCAAAACUGACGGAUGAUGCAAAGACAGAGGAUAGCACAACAGCUUUUGCUGUCAGCAAACACAUCAAAAUGAGGUCUGCGAUGGGAGAAAUCUGCCCCUCUCAGCCUACAUAUACUUCAUUAUUGCUUGAGACAGACAGGCUAUCCAGUCAAAAUCAAACCAGUUUCUGGGCUUAUGACUCAGAGGACCAGAAAAGCCAGCCACAGAUGACCUCCCUCCAAGACAAAGAGAGCUUCAUCAGAAGAGAACCAGAAAAAAAGACUUUCAUCACUGAGAGCACCCAAAGAAGCAGAACUAAUCGUAUUAGACGUGGAAUGAUGGCUGGACCAAUUGCUAGCACACCUCAGGAAUCAAACAAAAAAAGGCAGAACCGAAAGCUAGAAGUGCCCCAGCUGCUGCUCAGAAAAGACGAAAAUAGGCGGUUUGGGGAUGGACUUUUAGUGACUGCUGUAUAUCAAAAAAGCUUCGAAAGCAGCCUAACUGAAAUCAGCUCAGCUGACUGCAUAGGAGGGCAGCGGGAAUUGCAGAGUGCACCAGAGAGACUGCAGAGAGAAAACAGCUUUGAAAGAGUGAAACAACACACACAGAAGACUACAAAAGUGAAGUCUUUGACGAGGCUAAAUGUGGCUGACUUGGAUGUGUCUGAGAUGGUUUUAGAUGACAUUGAUGAUGAUGACGAUCUGCGAGAACUCUCCAAAGUGUCCUUUAAGAGAUCCGUUGCAGAGCACAACUAUGCAGGUCGACCGAUGGACCAACACACUGCCAUGGAAUUGAAAGCGGUUCUUCUUGGCUCCAGCCUAAAUUGUUUCAGUGUUGAGUGGAGGAAUCAGGGUUUCACAUUCUCAGAAACGCAUGACCUCAGAUAUGGAAUUGUGCAGAAAAAGGGCGGUCCUUGUGGAGUUCUGGCAUCCAUCCAAGCCUUUGUUCUCAAGAAACUGCUGUUUGAAAACACAGAAACCAGUAAUACAGGCCUUCAGAGGUUAAGACCUUCCAACACCACAAGAAGAAAGUGUUUUGUUUUAGCAGCGGCUGAAAUACUGUGGAGGGCUGGCGAGGAAAAGAAAGCCAUAAUUGCAAUAAAUUCUGGGAGAAAUCAUUUCACCCCAACUGGACAAUACAAAUCUGAAGGAGUGCUUGAAAAGAUAACAUGUUUCACCGUGGAUAACAUGAAGGACAUGCAGUUGCUUCUGGAGCAGCAUAUUGAUCAGUUUGAGACCGGGGUGUUAGGAUGCUUACUGCUCACCAUCUCUGCUGUGCUAUCUCGAUCCAUUGAAAAAGUAAGAGACGAUAUGGACGUGCCCUCCACCACUCUCAUCGGGGCCCAUGGUUACUGCACUCAGGAGCUGGUAAACCUGUUGCUCUGUGGCAGAGCAGUUUCUAAUGUCUUUGACAAUGACAUGGAGUUGGACUCAGGCAAUGGCAACAUGACUCUCCUCAAGGGAGUCAAAGGUCACUGUGACAUCGGCCUGCUGUCCUUGUUUGAACACUAUAACAUUUGCAAGGUAGGAGCUUAUCUGAAGACUCCCCGUUACCCCAUUUGGGUGGUGUGCAGUGAAAGCCACUUCAGCGUGCUGUUUGGCCUGCAGAGGGAGCUGUUGACCAAUCAGGACAAAGGCCUGGAGUUUGACCUCUACUAUUACGACGGACUGGCCAAUCAACAGGAGGAGAUCCGCCUCACUGUCUCUUUUGGCAAAGUGGCUCUGAGUUGUCAAGAUGUCGACGCUGAUCUCAUUCCUCCACUGGAGCAGUGUAUCCGAACAAGGUGGAAAGAUGCAUUUGUCAACUGGAAUGACACAGAGCCGAUUCUCUGACUGAUCACAUGGUUUGAUGUUACUUUAAUUGUGGAACAUUAAAUGACAACAAACAUUUUGCAUUACCAAUACAGCUAUUUUACAUAUGUUUCAUGGAGUUUUCUUUAUGUUAUAUUACAUUAACAUUUACUCAUAUAUUUUAGCAGUGCCAUUUCUACUUAAUUUCCAUUUCUCUUCAUAGUGAGACAAAAGUAUUGUUCUGCUAUUUGUUUACAUGAUUGUUUACAUGGAUGUUGUAUAUCAGACACUGUAUGUGCUGCUGAAAGAGUUUGGGUAUGUCAUGUCAGCCAUAAAGUCUCAUGCUAUUGUCUAAAAAAUAUAUUUAAGAAAAAUAAAUUAUUUUUUUAAAAGGUCUAGCAAUAUAUGCAUAAGUUAAGAAGUUUGGAGGUAAACUCAUUCUUUUGUUGCAGCUGAAAUGUAAAUUGAUGCAAGAUGCAGUAUUGACCACAGUGGCCUUUUACCCUUUAUCUGUACUUUUUACAUGAAGAUAUUAAAGGAUGUCGUCCAUAUUUUUACA